CUUCCCGUCUUUUCACUCACUCUCCUGAUAAUUUUUGGGUGGUGGAUCUCUGCACCCUCCCGAGACUCAUCCUUCCUCUGCCAUCAUCACCAAAUAACCAAGCAAGAAAAAUAUAAAGCCGGAGAACUCUUCAAGCGUCAUCUCAACCCUGUGAUGGACUCCUUCCUUGCAUCCCCUGCAACCUUUCUUUGUCUCGCUCUUCUCCUCUCAGUCUUCUUCUUCCAUGAAGGGGACAGCACGACAUUCACAUUUGUGAACAAGUGCGGGGAGACGGUGUGGCCGGGGAUCCUCUCCAACGCCGGCAGCUCCCAGAUGCAGCCCACAGGCUUCGAGCUCGUGGCCGCGGCCUCUCGCUCCUUUCAAUCCCCCGCCGGCUGGUCCGGUCGAUUCUGGGCCCGGACGGGCUGCUUCGUCUCCUCUACCGGCGGCGGCGCCUGGACCUGCGCCACCGGGGACUGCGGCUCGGGCCAGGUGGAGUGCAAAGGCUCGGGGGCCGCCCCGCCCGCCACGCUCGCCGAGUUCACUGUCGCGUCCUCGUCGGCGGGGCGGGAUUUCUACGAUGUCAGCCUGGUGGACGGCUACAACCUGCCGGUGCUGGUGGAGGCGAGCCGGGGGUGCGCGGCGGCUGGCUGCGUGGUGGACAUAAGCCAGCGGUGUCCGGCGGAGCUGAGGGUGGGGGAGGCGUGCCGCAGCGCGUGCGAUGCGUUCAGGAAGCCCGAGUACUGCUGCAGCGGGGCGUAUGCUAGCCCGGCCACCUGCCGGCCGACGGCGUACUCGGAAGUGUUCAAGGCGGCGUGCCCCAAGUCGUACAGCUACGCCUUCGACGACCCGACCAGUACUUUCACAUGCUCUGGAGGAGCCGAUUACACCAUCACCUUCUGCCCAGAAUCUGCCCCAAGUCUCAAAUCAGCGAGUGAUUCUUCUUCAACUUCAACGCCAAAACCAACAUCGUCUUCGACUCCGUCUUCUACUUCGUCUUCAACAUCAGCAUCAACAUCAACAUCAGAACCGGCAGGUGGAAUGAUGCUGGCAGACGACGCUUGGCUUGCAAGCUUGGCCACGGGCGACGCAACCCCCACACGGAGGAAAGCCCUCUUCCUAUCCUUCUCUUCAAUUGCAGCCACAACAGCAUACAUCCUACUGUUGCUUCCAUAGGACAGACACCAUUCUACGCCCCGCCCUAUCUCCUUUGUCAAAGCGGAUCUGUAAAAGGGUCGUCCUGAACCUAAAGAUCAAAAAAAAGAUGAAGGCCUACGAGAUUCCCAACGGUCACUAAGCUAAUUCUUACCGUUGUAGGAGGGGGAAGUUGGACCAACCGCAUAACCUAUAUAUAAUUUUGAUGAACUGUGUCUAUAGUGUACCAUUUUAUGCAAACACAAUGCUAAUAUAUAUAUAUCAUUAUGUGUGCUA